AUGUGCUCACAGUUAGAGCAAGGGAUGCAUCCAAUUUCUCGGUAUUACAAUCCAACAACGUAUUCAACAACAAGGGCAACAAAUUUCUUCACAGGUGCAACCACAAGCAGCAAGCUAUUCUCCAGAAAAUUUUCAGCGGCAAAACCAAAUUCGUUAAUCGAAUCUAAGGAAGUUGCUGCAAAGAAACACAGCGACGCAGAGAGAAGAAGAAGGAUUCGACUUAACCACCAUUUCGCAACUCUUCGCACAAUUCUUCCAAACUUGGUCAAAAAGAAUAAAGCGUAUGUGUUAGGAGAGACUGUUAGGUAUUUGAACGAAUUGAAAAAGGUGGUUAAAGACAUACCAAACACACCAGCUUUAGAAGAUAACUUGAGAUUAGGUCACUGUAACAACAGAGACUUGGCUAGAGUCGUGUUCAGCUGUAGCGACAGAGAAGGACUAAUGUCGGAAGUUGCAGAGUCAAUGAAAGCAGCGAAAGCAAAGACAGUGAGAGCUGAGAUCAUGACAGUAGGUGGAAGAACCAAGUGUGUCUUGUUUGUUCAAGUUGUAAACGGUAAUGAAGGAUUGAUUAAUCUCAAGAAAUCACUCAAACCCCUGGUGAAUGUUACACCAUCAUCAUCAUCAGAGGCGCAAAACUACAAAAAUGGAAGAUCAUUGUAA